AAAUUCGGAAAGAUGGUGGAGCACGCAGAUAUCCGCAUGGUUCACCGUGGUGGUAGCAAAAUAAACUUCAGGGAGCCAGUCUUUACAAAUGAUUCCAGGUACGUAUGUAUUGGUUGCAGUAGACAGCUAAACCUGAACUAAAUAUAUGUCACAAGUAUGGUAUGGACGCAAACUGUGGCCCUGGUUAGCUACUGUUGCUAGCUAGCUAGCUUGUGACUGCCCAACUAACGUUAUCUAGCUACAACAUAGCUAACAAUAUUCUAAACCGCAGAGAAACGUAUCUCUUAUUUCCGAAUUCUAGCAAGCCACCGAUUCAACUAAGGUAGCUAGCUGGCUACUGUACUAUGGAUCAAAAUGAAAUGUUAAUUUACGUUACCGGUAUGUUUAACGUUAGCUAAACAGCCAGAUAGCUAAACUUGCAUUUGCUUUUUAGCUUGCUUGCUAGUUAGCUAAUCACAAUAAACAAUCAGGCAUCUAGCUACAUUGAAUCUGGAAUAACCGUAGUCUGUAAACUGAUUUCUCUCCGGUCGUUUUCGGCAGGUUCCUUUUGUGUGCCGCGGGGGAGUCAGUGAAAGUGUACAGUACCAGCACAGAGGAAUGCAUCCAUGAUUUGCAGGGACACACUGACCUGGUGACAGGCGUUGUCCUCAACCCUUUAAACCACCUGCAGGUUUGUCAAUACAGUUGCUAUAUAUACGUGUCUGCAAACUUUGUCUGAUCAGCAACAUGUUUAUUUCUAAAGAAACAUGGUUUGUUGUCGCUCCUAUGGUUGGGUGUCGGAGGAGUGUUUGUUCAUUGCAAUGUUUUGAGUAUAGACGUGACAUUGUUGCACUCUCUUGCAGGUAUACUCGUGCUCAGCAGAUGGCACUGUCCGAUUGUGGGACUUCACGGAUGGCAUCCUCAUCAAGGUACUGCCACAGCAGCAUUCUAAACCAAAGUCCGUUUUAAUCACUGCUUCCUGUUUGCUUGAUGUGUAAAUAAUAAUUUGUUAUUAACUGACUUGCCUAGUUAAAUAAAAUAAAUAACAAUAAGUAAAUGUGCUUAUAUUACUUACUAUGAUACUUUUCAGACCUUUAUUAUCGGGUAUCCCAUCUACUCCAUUUACGUUUCGGAAAAACAUGGAGGAGUUGUUUUUGUCGUCGUCCCCAUGGCAAAUUACAAAAGCUCUGGUAAGUAUAGAUGCACUUUGAUAUGUGAGUGUUUCCAUACAGCCGCUACACAGUAGGUAGUGUAAAGCAUAGCUCAGAGAAUUUUCGACCAACCUUGGCAGGACUUCGUGACUUCGAAGACACCACGUCUUCUAAACUUCCAUGUCUAGUUGCAGGGGGUUCGUUUGAAUUUAGAAAAUGCUCCGUUAUUAAAUUAAAUCCAUGAAGUAAUCCAACAAUGUGUACGCCUCUAUCUUGUCUAUUUCACAUCGUCUCUCAUUGAUUGAGACAGGUGGGUGUCCACCCCAAAGUGCCAAAUGUCAUGUUGACACCUGUCUUGAUCAAUGAGAUGAUUUGAAAUAGACAAGAUGGCGGUGUACACAUUGUUGAAUUACUUCAUGGAGCAAAACAUUUUAUAUAAUAACGGAGCAUUUUCUAAAUUCAAACGAGCCCCCUGGAACUAGACAUGGAAGUUUAGAAGACAUGUUGUCUUCCAAGUCGGGAAUUGAGGAAGUAUCGCUAAGUAAUGGUAGGUCGAAAAUUCUGUGCUAUGCGUUACACUACCUACUGUGUAACGGCUAUAUGGAACCGUUCACAUAUCACUGCUGUUUCAAAGUGUAGCUAUGGUAAGUGCAAAGCAGGGGUUGGCAUGUUCUCCUCAGUUGUCCUUUAGCCUAUAUAGUGCCUUUUUGCAGUCACAGUAGGUGUUCUUUUAAGUCAGGUGACUUCUAAGUAAUUGCUCAACAAAAUGGUGCAGAAUAUUGAAGAGGGUGACCUCUGACCUGUAUGUGGUGUGUGUCUUCAGAGCAGUUCCAGCUGGUGGCUGUUCAUCUGCCCCGCAGUGGGGACCAGGAAGUAGAGGCACGAGAGCUCUCGGCCGUGCUCUGUGAUGUCAGCCCCCACCCUGGGGCUGCCUCCUUUGGCAGAGAGGUACGUGUAGUAGGCCUAUACUUCGUGUACCAGGUACUCCAGUAGCAAACAAGUCUCUGGCAGCAAACGACUUAUCCAAGGGUAAUACUUAAACCAUAAUGAUUGCUUUUGCAGGAGACAUUACAACAAUCUUUAUGCACGCUCUUGUCAUAGUUUGCACAUUGUUGAGUUUAGCAAAAAGGCGUGACAUGUUUUAUUACCACCUUCAAUAUUGACGGCAGGUUUUUACUUGAAACCUUGGGUGUACAACUAGGAAACAAACAGGCCGAAACAGGGAGGGACCCCCCCUGAACACCAUUUACAACGGCGUGCUAAUGAAUAUAAUGCUCCUCUUGUUUCUUUCUCACAGGGUGAAUACAUAGCUGCUGCCAAAGAUUUACAGCUCGAGGUAUUUUUCUUCAAAAAGCAGAAGUCUUACAGGUAAACACUAUUCUCGCCCAUCAGGAGGCUGUCCCCUUCAAUGACAGCAAGCAUGAAUGGUAAUGUGUGGUGUUGUCUCUCUGGCUAGUGUUUGUGCAGCACAAGUCCAAACACGCUGAACGGCAGCUUAUCUGUUGGAUGAGUGGCCUUUCUGCUUGUCUGUGGUCAGGAGCGGGAGUUCAGCCAGCCCUCUCCAUUGUUUUGAGCAUCCCCUCCUCUGUAAAAGGGCACUAAUAAGCAUCAGGAUGAUUCAUUACAUGACUGUAUUUUAUGGGGGAUUUGACAUUGCCCAGAUAACAUUGCUCAUCACUUAGUCAUAGCACUCAUUCAAUUGUAUUGUUUGUUUCUGUGCCCCACAGGUUUUCCCUGAAGUCUGGGAUAAAGAAAGGGGUCAAGAAUGCCUUCACCUGUGUCUCGUGCCACCCUAAAGAGGACUGUAUUGCCACAGGUCACGCGGAUGGCAAGAUUCGCCUGUGGUGAGUGAUGCUGGAAGAACUUAGAGACCAUGCACAAACAUGGCCUCACUAAAGACCAAAUCUAGGGGAAACCCUUGAUUUGUAUCACUCACAGUCAAUAUUCUUUCCCUGUCUUAAUAGGAGAAACUUCAACCAGAAGAAGGAGUACACAUACUCCACCCUGCAUUGGCACCACGGGGCAGUCAACACACUGUGCUUCACCCCUGAAGGUAAUGUAACAACUGACCUCAUAACUGUUGAAUUAUACCUAGACAUAUCAUCUCUGAUCACUCUAUGCCAGGGUUCCCCAAUAGGCGGCCGUGGGUGAUUUUUAUUUGGCCCCUCAAGUCUUCUGAGCAAAAAAAUGUAAUAAUAUAUAUAUAUAUAUAUAUAUAUAUAUAUAUACAAUGCAUUUGGAAAGUAUUCAGACCCCUUGACUUUUUACACAUUUUAAGUUACAGCCUUAUUCUAAAAUUGAUUACAUUAUGAAUUUACACACACUACCCCAUAAUGACAAAGUGAAAACAGGUGUUAAGAAAUUUUUGCAAAUGUAUUAAAAAUUAAAAACAGAAACACCUUAAUUACAUAAGUAUUCAGACCCUUUGCUAUGAGACUGGAAAUUGAGCUCCGGUGCAUCCUGUUUCGUUUGAUCAUCCUUGAGAUGUUUCUACAUCUUGAUUGGAGUCCACCUGUGGUAAAUUCAAUUGAUUGGACAUGAUUUGGAAAGAAACACAUCUGUCUAUAUAAGGUCCCACAGUUGACAGUGAACGUCAGAGCAAAAACCAAGCCAUGAGGUCGAAGGAAUUGUCCGUAGAGCUCAGAGACAGGAUUGUGUCGAGGCACAGAUCUGGGGAAGGGUUAUAAAAAUGUUUUGCAACAUUGAAGGUCCCGAAAAACACAGUGGCCUCCAUCAUUCUUAAAUUGAGAAGUUUGGAACCACCAAGACUCUUCCUAGAGCUGACUGCCUAGCCAAACUGAACAAUUAGGGGAGAAGGGCCUUGGUCAGGGAGGUGACCAAGAACCCGAUGGUCAUUAUGACAGAGCUCCAGAGUUCCUCUGUGGAGAUGGGAGAACCUUCCAGAAGGACAACCAUCUCUGCAGCACUCCACCAAUCAGGCCUUUAUGGUAGAAUGGCCAGACGGAAGCCACUCCUCAGUAAAAGGCACAUAUUACGUUACAGCCUUAUAAAAAAAAUGUAUUCAAUUGUUUUUUUCCCCAUCAAUCUACACACAAUACCCCAUAAUGACAAAGCAAAAACACGUUUUUGGAAAUAUCACAUUUACUUAAGUAUUCAGACCCUUUACUCAGUACUUUGUUGAAGCAUCUUUGGCAGCGAUUACAGCCUUGUCUUCUUUGGUAUGACGCUACAAGCUUGGCACACCUGUAUGAAAAUGUAUGCGCUCUGGAUAAGAGCGUCUGCUAAAUGACUAAAAUGUAAAUGUAUUUGGAGAGUUUCUCCCAUUCUUCUCUGCAGAUCCUCUCAAGCUCUGUCAGGUUGGAUGGGGAGCGUUGCGGCACAGCAAUUUCCAGGUCUCUCCAGAGAUGUUAGAUCAUGUUCAAGUCCGGGCUCUGGCUGGGCCACUCAAGGACAUUCAGAGACAUCCCGAAGCCGUUGUCUUGGCUGUGUGCUUAGGGCCGUUGUCCUGUUGGAAGGUGAGCCUUCGCCCCAGUCAGAGGUCCUGAGCUCUCUGGAGCAGGUUUUCAUCAAGGAUCUCUCUGUACUUUGCUCCGUUCAUCUUUCCCUCGAUCCUGACUAGUCUCCCAGUCCCUGCCGCUGAAAAACAUCCCCACAGCAUGAUGCUGCCACCACCAUGCUUCACCGUAGGUAUGGUGCCAGGUUUCCUCCAGACAUGACACUUGGCAUUCAGGCCAAAGAGUUCAAUCUUGGUUUCAUCAGACCAGAGAAUCUUGUUUCUCAUGGUCUGAGAGUCUUUAGGUGCCUUUUGGCAACCUCCAAGCGGGCUGUCGUGCCUUUUUACUGAGGAGUGGCUUCCGUCUGGCCACUCUACCAUAAAGGCCUGAUUGGUGGAGUGCUGCAGAGAUAGUUGUCCUUCUGGUAGGUUCUCCCAUCUCCACAGAGGAACUCUAGAGCUCUGUCAGAGUGACCAUCCGGUUCUUGGUUACCUCCCUGACCAAGGCCCUUCUCCCCCGAUUGCUCAGUUUGUCCGGGCGGCCAGCUCUAGGAAGAGUCUUGGUGGUUCCAAACUUGCUCUGUCAACUGUGGGAACUUAUAUAGACAGGUGUGUGCCUUUCCAAAUCAUGUCCAAUCAAUUGAAUUGAAUUUACCACAUAUUCCGUUGUUGGACAUAAGACAGUAAAAUCACCAGAAAAUGAGCUGAAAGUUAUUUUAAUUUAGGAAAUCUGUUCCCAAGUAUUCCGACGCAUAAAUAGAGGCAUUCCAGCCACUCCCUACUGCUUCAAGUCCCCAAGACAUUUCUUGAAAUAUGGGGGACCGAGCCUUCUGCUUCCUUGCCCCUCGCCUAUGGAAUGCUCUCCCUGACCAUCUGAGAGCCGCUCAAUCACUCUGAACUUUUAAAAUGGCCUUAAAACCCACUUCUAUAGACUAUUUUUCAUAGUCCUAGUCCCAAUCUAAAAUGUAUUUAGCACCUAGCCCACUAAUGCUAUUUUACCUGCCUUGAUUCCAAAUGUAAACUUAGCCAACAAAGAAACGUCCCUUUUUCAGUACCCUGUCUUUCAAAGAUAAUCCAUAAAAAUCAAAAUAACUUCACUUCAUUGUAAAGGGUUUAAACACUGUUUCCCAUGCUUGUUCAAUGAACCAUAAACAAUUCAUGAACAUGCACCUGUGGAAUGGUCGUUAAGACACUAACAGCUUACAGAUGGUAGGCAAUUAAGGUCACAGGUAUGAAAACUUAGGACACUAAAGAGGCCUUUCUACUGACUCUGAAAAACACCAAAAGAAAGAUGCCCUAGGUCCCUGCUCAUCUGCGUGAACGUGCCUUAUGCAUGCUGCAAGGAGGCAUGAGGACAGCAGAUGUGGCCAGGGCAAUAAAUUGCAAUAUCCGUACUGUGAGAUGCCUAAGACAGCGCUACAGGGAGACAGGACGGACAGCUGAUUGUCCUCGCAGUGGCAGACCACGUGUAACAACACCUGCACAGGAUCUGUACAUCCGAACAUCAUACCUGCGGGACAGGUACAGGAUGGCAUCAACUGCCCGAGUUACACCAGGAAUGCACAAUCCCUCCAUCAGUGCUCAGCCUGUCUGCAAUAGGCUGAGAGAAGCUGGAUUGAGGGCUUGUAGGCCUGUUGUAAGGCAGGUCCUCACCAGACAUCACCGGCGACAAUGUCGCCUAUGGGCACAAACCCACUAUCGCUGGACCAUACAGGACUGGCAAAAAGUGCUCUUCACUGACGAGUCGUGGUUUUGUCUCACCAGGGGUGGUCGGAUCCGCGCGUUUAUCGUCGAAGGAAUGAGCUUUACACCGAGGCCUGUACUCUGGAGCGGGAUCGAUUUUGGAGGUGGAGGGUCCGUCAUGGUCUGGGGCGGUGUGUCACAGCAUCAUCGGACUGAGCUUGUUGUCAUUGCAGGCAAUCUCAACGCUGUGCGUUACAGGGAAGACAUCCUCCUCCCUCAUGUGGUACCCUUCCUGCAGGCUCAUCCUGACAUGACCCUCCAGCAUGACAAUGCCGCCAGCCAUACUGCUCAUUCUGUGCGUGAUUUCCUGCAAGACAGGAAUGUCAGUGUUCUGCCAUGGCCAGCGAAGAGCCCGGAUCUCAAUCCCAUUGGGCACGUCCGGGACCUGUUGGAUCGGAGGGUGAGGGCUAGGGCCAUUCCCCCCAGAAAUGUCCGGGAACUUGCAGGUGCCUUGGUGGAAGAGUGGGGUAACAUCUCACAGCAAGAACUUGGCAAAUCUGGUGCAGUCCAUGAGGAGGAGAUGCACUGCAGUACUUAAUGCAGCUGGUGGCCACACCAGAUACUGACUGUUACUUUUGAUUUUGACCCCCCCCCCUUUGUUCAGGGACACAUUAUUCAAUUUCUGUUAGUCACAUGUCUGUGGAACUUGUUCAGUUUAUGUCUCAGUUGUUGAAUCUUAUGUUCAUACAAAUACAAAAAAAAACAUGUUAAGUUUGCUGAAAAUAAACGCAGUUGACCGUGAGAGGACGUUUCUUUUUUUGCCUAGUUUGUUUUAAUUUUUUUCCUCAGUAGAGCUUUGAGAACCUUCUAAUGAAAAGCACUAUACAAAUUAAAUGUAUUAUUAUAUGUGCUCGUAUCCAAAUGUAAUCAAUGUUUGAAAUUAUUGUUUUUGUCAUACUAUAUCUGUUUGGGCUUCUUGCGGUCAGUUUGAAGUGUCAAAUUAUUUAUGACGUUCCGGCCCCCCGACCAUCCGCUCAAUAAAAAAUAUUAUCCCGGCUGAAUGUAAUUGGGGACCACUGCUCUAUGCCAACUGUUUUCAUGGUGGAAGGAUUCUGACCAGUGGCGUGACUCUUUGUUUCCUCUCCUGUUCUGUAGGUACUAAUCUUCUGAGUGGGGGCAUAGAGUCAGUGCUGGUCCAUUGGCGUUACAAACAGGAGAACCAGAAGGACUUCUUGCCGCGCCUGGGCGCCGCCAUCACACACAUAGCCGUGUCACCUGACGGUUCCAUGUUCUGCACCUCGCACUCUGACAACAGUAGGGACUGUUACACCCUGUUACAAUAAUUUCACGGUUCAUCUCUCCUCCCUCCCUUGAAGUAAUCACUGAUCUGACAUGACUGGAUUGGUCACUGCUAUGUACCGAAUCCAUGUUUGCACCUAUCCAAUCACGUUAGAUCAGUGAUUCUUCAAGGAAGGAUGCUUAAAUCGGGUCAGGAUCCUAAGUCUCACACUUACAAGGGACAGCGGCCAUACGUAUUCACUCUGUACGUUAUUUUGUCAACUGCUAGAAAGGUUUUAGGAAUAUUGAGCGCUCAGUCUGUAGACCUAACCCAUUUUUUCUCUCCCUGAUUCUCGGUCACUCUCUCAAGAGAUCACAAUCAUUCAGAGUUGUGUUAAAGUGUCGGCCGUCAUCCAGGGGCUGGUCAAAGGCGAGGGUGUGUGGACCAACCUAAUUAUCGACCCGCGCAGUAAAGCUUUGGUGCUCAAUGGGAAACCAGGUCACCUGCAGUUCUACUCUCUCCACCACGACAAGCAACUCUACAACGUAAGCACGUCUUUAUCUACAGGAGCUGUCAAUAAAAACCACGAUACACUGUCCUUGUAAACUUGGGCCAGGGAGUUACCUAUGAAUGUUCUUGAACUUUGCCGCAUGACUCGUAGAAAUGGAAUGACAAAAUUAUUUGAAUAUCCAUUCUAAUUUCUAUGGCCUGAUGAGUCUUGGAGGUCUGGUUUUGCUCAUUUGUCAUGAGCAAAAAAUUGAACUAUUUGAUAAUGAAUGAACUCUUAUCAAGCUAAUGAAAAUUAUUUGACUGUAUUUCUCUUCUACCUUCAGUUGGACAUAGUACAGCAGGAGUACAUCCACGAGGAGGGUCUGGACCAGUUUGAGGUGGUCAAGGCGGCGUUUGACACCCACGGUGACUGGCUUGCUACAGUGGAGGAGAGGAGAAAAAAAGGCUCUGAGCUAGAGGUCAAUUUGAAGCUGUGGGCGUAUGACAAGCUAACUCAGAGGUACUAUUUAUUUAUAAGCCUGGUUGCAUGAUGUACAUGUCUUCAUAUCAACAUGUUGUGGCAUUUUUGUCAUGCUUGUCCAUAACAUGCCCCUUAGUUAUUGCUGUUCAUACAUUUGGCUGUAACCCUGAUCAAUUUGUGAUAUAUUUAAUUAUGUGGUUUCCAUCUUUCACCCACUCUCCACCCUACCUCGUCCCCCUCUGUAGUUUUGUGCUGAACACCACAGUCACAGCUCCCCACGAGGACCGGAUUACAGCCAUGUUCUUCAGCCCCUCACCAGAGACCACCAUGCUGGUAACCACUAGCCUCGACGGCCACUUCAAAGCCUGGCUGCUGGCAGACCACUCAGACACCAAGGGUAAGUAGUCCCGAGGUGGUUCUUUCUACGGGGUUUGAUUUUUGGUUUGGAUCAUUGAGCCUGAUGGCCAGGAUUUGGCAAGUCUGCCUAUAUAAUAGGGCCUUGGAGACCUGCUAGUUAUUGUAGACUGACACAUGAUUUGCCUAAUCAAGGUAUUGAUGAGCUAAAUCAAAUUGAUGCUCUAACAUUCUCCCUGGCUUUUCCUUUCUCUGUAUCCGUCUGAUGACCAGCAGAGGGCGCCUUCUGGUCAUGUGACUUUGUGGGUGGGUAUCAUCUCCUGAAGCCCGGCUGCUGCUGCUUCUCGGCUGACGGUUCCCUAUUGGCCGUCGGCUUCCAGGAAGUGGUGACUGUGUGGAGCCCCGCUUCCUGGGAGCUACUCACCACACUGUCCCAGCCCCCAGGGGCCAUCAGGUCAGAACACACGCUUAUAAACGGACACACACACUUGCAAACAUUCACAGACUGAUACAAGUAUACACAAACACACACGACUAUUGAAACGAGCAGACAUUUCAAUUACUUUUCUAACAAAAAACGAAUAUGUUAGCAGAUGUAGCAGUCUAUCGACAAACAAGAUGGCCUGACACUAGAAAAGUCUAGGCCUCAUUGGACCACUAGCAUUUUUAUUAGUUUAUGUAACUGUAGGCUAUGUACAAACGAAACACCACAAUUCAAGUGUUUAAAGUCCAUUAAAUAAACACCAUAACAAAGAUAAUUCAUUAUUCAUUCGUUAAGGGCAUGUCUUAAGGAACAUUAUGCAUUUCAAAAGAACAGAGUGGCAUACAGUAUUUUCAGUCUAAAUAUAUUACUAUGCUUGGUGUGUUGCAGUGCACACCGGGAGCGCAUUAAAUCGUGUUAAUUCUGCCAAAAAGUUAGAUUUUGAAAUGGAGCUCAACGGGUAAUCUUUAAGAGUUGUUUGGCAAGGAGAGGUGAUUUAGAAACAGCAGAACCUGCUCUCUUUAAUACUAUAUAGACAUCAAACCGUCUUACCUGCUUUUGACUCUGUAGAAUAAUUUUAAAAUGUCCCUUUUUGCUGCUGCAAUUCAUGUCUAUUCCAAGCUGUGCUGUUCAUCAGAUUCUUCAUAUAGAAUUGAAUAUAUUCUUUCCCAUCAGACUUGUGAGUCUCCUGAGUGGCGCAGUGGUCUAAGGCACUGCAUCGCAGUGCUAACUGUGCCACUAGAGAUCCUGGUUCGAAUCCAUGCUCUGUCGCAGCCGGCCGCGACCGGGAGACUCAUGGGCGGCGCACAAUUGGCCCAGCGUCUUCCAGGGUAGGGGAGGGAAUGGCCGGCAGGGAUGUGGCUCAGUUGAUAGAGCAUGGCGUUUGCAACGCCAGGGUUGUGGGUUCGAUUCCCACGGGGGGCCAGUAUAUAUUCACUAACUGUAAGUCGCUCUGGAUAAGAGCGUCUGCUAAAUGACUAAAAUGUAAAUGUAUUGUCAAUUUUAUCUUGUCUGUAGGCUAACUCCGUGAAAUUUGUUUCGAUAUUGGAUGACGGGCAGGGAGAACUGCUUAUAACACAUUCUGUUUCUAAUAACGACAGUGUGUUAUAUAGACUUACUUAGGAAAAGUCAAGGACGGGGGGGACAUUUCUUAAAAAAUGACUCUCGGCUUUCCUAGUGUUAAACUAACAGUUAUGACUCGUGAUAUGAACUUAGGUUCCCAUUUCCGUUGUUUACUUGUGUAACACCCUCCAUGGUACAUACAGUUCCUUCAGAAAGUGUUCACAACCCUUGACCAUUUCCACAUUUUGUGUUACAGCCUGAAUUUAAAAUGGAUUAAAUUGAGAUUGUGUCACUGGCCUACACACAAUAGCCCAUAAUGUCAGUGUAAUUAUGUUUUUAGAAAUGUUUACAAAUUCAUUAAAUGAAAAGGUGAAAUGUAUUGAGUCAAUAAGGUAUUCAACCCCUUUGUUAUGGCAAGCCUAAAUACAUUCAGGAGUAAAAAUGUGCUUAACGAGUCACAAGUUGCAUGGACUCACUCUGUGCGCAAUAAUAAAUGUAAAUGUAAAUGAUAAUAGUGUUUAACAUGAUUUUUGAAUGACUACCUCAUCUAUGUACCCCACAUACAAUUAUCUGUAAGGUCCCUCCGUCGAGCAGUGAAUUUUAAACACAGAUUCAACCACAAAGACCAGGGAGGUUUUCCAAUGCCUCGCAAAGAAGUGCACCUAUUGGGAAUGGGUAAAAAAAAAAAAUGGUGAAGUUAUUAAUGACACUUUGGAUAGUGUAUCAAUACACCCAGUCACUACAAAGAUAUAGGCGUCCUUCCCAACGCAAUUGCCGAAGAGGAAGGUAACCGCUCAGGGAUUUCACAAUGAGGCCAAUGGUGACUUUAUUACAGUUAGGGAGUUGAAUGGCAGUGAUGGGAGAGAACUGAGGAUGGAUCAACAACAUUAUAGUUACUCCACAAUACUAACCUAAUGGACAGUGUGGAAAGAAGGAAGCCUGUACAGAAUAGUAAUAUUCUAAAACAUGCAUCCUGUUUGCAAUAAGUCAUAAAGUAAAACUGCAAAUACGUUUGGUCCUGAAUACAAAGUCUUAUGUUUAGGGCAAAUCCAACACAUCACUGAAUGUCACUCUUCAUAUUUUUUCAAGCAUGGUGGUGGCUCCAUCAUGUAAUGGGUAUGCUUGUCAUCAGCAAGAAAAUAAAUGGAGUAGAGCUAAGCACAGGCAAAAUCCUAGAGGAAAACCUGGGUCAGUCUGCUUUCCAACAGACACUGGGAGACCAAUUCACCUUUUAGCAGGAUAAUAACCUAAAACACAAGGAAUUGCUUACCAAGAUGACAUUGAAUGUUCCUGAAUAGCCUAGUUACUGUUUUGACCUAAAUUGAAAGAUUGAAAUUGUAAAUCUAUGGCAAGACAUGAAAAUGGCUGUCUAGCAAUGUUUAACAACCAACUUGACAGAGCUUGAAGAAUUUCUAAAAGAAUGUGCAAAUAAUGUACAAUCCAGGUGUGCAAAGCUCUUAGACUUACCCAGAAAGACUCACCGCUGUAAUCGCUCCCAAAGGUGUUCGUAACAUGUAUUGACUCAGGGGUGUGAAUACUUAUGUAAAUUAGAUUUCUGUAUUUAUUUUUCAAUAAAUGUGCAAACAUUUCUAAACAUAUUUUCACUUUGUCAUUAUGGGCUAUUGUGUGUAGAUGGGUGAAAAAUAAGAUUGAAUCCAUUUUGAAUACAGGCUGUAACAACAAUGUGGAAUAAGUCAAGGUGUAUGAAUACUUUCUGAAGGAACUGUAAGUCUGUAAUAUUUGACCUCGCUAGCACAAAAUGAGUGCACUUUAUGGAACAAAAAAAAACAAGUUAUAUUGGCCAGCCAUGUCAACUUGGGAGUCAGAACCUGCUGCGCAAAAGCGCUUCCCCGCAACAGCCCCCCCCCCCCCCCACGUCUUAGGUCAGUGAGUGCAGAAAAGUAGUAUUUGGUGUUGAGUCUUACUCAAUUGCAUGCCAGAGCUGCCUAGCUGCAGCCUGCAAAUUCAUACAAACUGGUUUUAGUGCUGGUAUUCACAAUGGCCCCAAGCCAUUGCAUACAUUGAUAGUCAACUCUAUAUCACUUUCAAUUAUUUUACCUCCAUGAGGACGUCAUGUACAGUGCUGUGAAAAAGUAUUUGCUCCCUUACACUCAAUAACUGGUUGUGACACCUUUAGCUGCAAUGACUGCAACGAAAUGCUUCCUGUAGUUGUUGAUCAGUCUCUCACAUCGCUGUGGAGGAAUUUUGGCCCACUCUUGCAUGCAGAACUGCUUUAACUCUGUGACAUUUGUGGGGUUUCAAGCAUGAACUGCUCGUUUCAAUUGGGAUUUAGGUCCUUCAAAACUUUACAUUUGUUGCUUUUUAACCAUUUUCAUGUAGACUUGAUUGUGUGUUUUGGAUCAUUGUCUUGCUGCAUGACUCAGCUGUGCUUCAGCUCUCUGUUGGAUGACCUGACAUUCUCCUGUAGAAUUCUCUGAUACAGAGCAGAAUUCAUGGUUUCUUCUAUUAAGGCAAGUCGUCCAGGACCUGAGGAAGCAAAGCAUCCCCAAACCAUCACACUACCACCACCAUGCUUGACCGUUUGGUAUGAGGUUCUUACUGUGGAAUGAAGUGUUUGGUUUUCGCCAGACAUAAUGGGACCCAUCUCAUCCAAAAAGUUGACUCAAGCACCUGGAAGCAACUGUAUGAUCAUCAAGACUGUUCUAUGGACAGAUGAGUCAAAAGUAUAACUUUUUGGACGACAUGGGUCCUUGCGAAAACCAAACACUGCAUUUCACAGUAAUGGUAUCUGGUAUUUUAUUAGGAUCCCCAUUAGCUGUUGCAGAACCAGCAGCUACUCUUCCUGGGGUCCACACAAAACAUGAAACAUGACAUAAUACAGAACAGUAAUAGACAAGAACAGCUUAAGGACAGAACUACAUAAAACAUUUUUUAAAGGCACACGUAGCCUACAUAUCAAUACAUACACACAAACUAUCUAGGUCAAAUAGGGGAGAGGCGUUGUGCCGUGAGGUGUUGCUUUAUCUGUUUUUUGAAACCAGGUUUGCUGUUGAGCAAUAUGAGAUGGAACGGAGUUCCAUGCAAUAAUGGCUCUAUAUAAUACUGUACGCGUUCUUGAAUUUGUUCUGAAUUUGGGGACUGUGAAAAGACCCCUGGUGGCAUGUCUGGUGGGGUAAGUGUGUGUGUCAGAGCUGUGUGUAAGUUGACUGUGCAAAAAAUUUGGGAUUUUCAACACAAUGUUUCUUUAUAAAAAGAAGUGAUGCAGUCAGUCUCUCCUCAACUCUUAGCCAAGAGACUGGCAUGCAUAGUAUUUAUAUCAGCCCUUUGAUUACAAUGAAGAGCGAGACGUUCCGCUCAGUUUUGGGCCAGCUGCAGCUUAACUAGGUCUUUCCUUGCAGCACUGGACCACACGACUGGACAGUCAAGAUUAGACAAAACUAGAGCCUGCAGAACUUGCUUUUUGGAGUGUGGUGUCAAAAAAGCAGAGCAUCUCUUUAUUACGGACAGACCUCUCCCCAACUUUACAACCAUUGAAUCUAUAUGUUUUGACCAUGAUAGUUUACAAUCUAAGGUAAUGCCAAGUAAUUUAGUCUCCUCAACUUGUUCAACAGCCACACCAUUCACAGUAAGAACCUUAUACCAACAGUCAAGCAUGGUGGUGGUAGUGUGAUGGUUUAGGGAUGCAGCUGAGUCAUGCAGCAAGACAAUGCAAAACGCACAAUCAAGAAUACAUGAAAAUGAUUUGAUGUUUUGGAAUGGCCUAGUCAGUCAAGACCUAAUCCCAGUUGAGAUGUUGUGGCAGGACUUGAAACAAGCAGUUCAUGCUUGAAAACCCACAAAUGUCGCUGAGGUAAAGAAGUUAUGCAUGGCCGAGUGGGCCAAAAUUGAUCUGAUAACAUUCAGUAUAAAAAAAUAUGUGGAAGUAGACAAUUAGAAGGGGGGCAAAUACUAUUUCACAGCACUGUAUAGGGAUAUCUCUGCCUCGUAUGUGCUCAGAGGGAUGUAGGCAAUUGCUGGUACAGAUGGCUGUGGAAGUCAAGCACUGGGACUCUGCACCGUUAUUCCAGCUGCCCAUUGUGUAACCGCCUCCUAUGGAUUUUCUGUUCGGUGUUUACAUGUGGUCUGAACUUAAAUUAUUUCAGGUGACUGCAUUUGUAGUUGGAGCUCUGGUGUGGAAAAGCUUCUUGCCACUAAUCCUGUGAAAUAUGUUUGGAGGGUGGGUGGUGGUAUAUUCAGGGGAACUUUGACAGUACGGUAAGAGACCGGUGACAGGGUUUGAAGGUUAACAGACUCUUUUGAUCCACCAGGGACCUUUGUUUUGGACGGUUAAGCUGUUCCAAGUACCUGUUGGGGACCAGCACCAAGAACCAACUCUGCUGCUGGAACCUCCUCACCUGCUCACGUAAGAUGUUGCUCUGACGUGUGUGCUUGUGUGCAACUGUCCUAUAAGCAACACAUCCAUGACAAAAAAAUAAAACAAAUCUGUUCAAUCCAUAAACCUAACUUUUCUCUUUCUACAUUUGUAUCUCUGUUUUCUUCUCUAUCUCAGUGGAGUGGAGUACCCCCAUGGACGUGAGCCUGCUCCAGACCGACCCGCUGUCUGAGAACAUGGCUGCCUUCUGCAAUCAAUCUGGCAGCUCAGACUGUGAGUGCUACCUAGUUUCUGGUGCUAGCUACCAGUACCAACAUAACUAUUUUGCCUAGUUUGGCUUAUAUUAUGUUUGCCACACACACUGCAUGGGCCCAAAGCUUAGCUAAUUGCACAUGGCAGGGUCCCCUAGGUAUUCUAUAAUACAGUUGAAGUCGGAAGUUUACAUACACUUAGGUUGGAGUCAUUAAAACUCGUUUUUCAACCACUCCACAAAUUUCUUGUUAACAAACUAUAGUUUUGGGAAGUCGGUUAGAACAUCUACUUUGUGCAUGACAAAAGUAAUUUUUCCAACAAUUGUUUACAGACCGAUUAUUUCACUGUAUCACAAUUCCAGUGGGUCAGAAGUUUACAUACACCAAGUUGACUGUACCUUUAAACAGCUUGGAAAAUUCCAGAAAAUUAUGUCAUGGCUUUAGAAGCUUCUGAUAGGCUAAUUGACAUCAUUUGAGGCCUACCUUCAAACUCAGUGCCUCUUUGCUUGACAUCAUGGGAAAAUCAAAAGAAAUCAGCCAAGACCUCAGAAAAAAAUGUGUAGACCUCCACAAGUCUGGUUCAUCCUUGGGAGCAAUUUCCAAAUGCCUGAAGGUACCACGUUCAUCUGUACAAACAAUAGUAUGCAAGUAUAAACACCAUGGGACCACACAGCCAUCAUACCGCUCAGGAAGGAGAUGCGUUCUGUCUCCUAGAGAUUAACUUACUUUGGUGUGAAAAGUGCAAAUCAAUCCCAGAACAACAGCAAAGGACCUUGUGAAGAUGCUGGAGGAAACAGGUACAAAAGUAUCUAUAUCCACAGUAAAAACGAGUCCUAUAUCGACAUAACCUGAAAGGCCGCUCAGCAAGGAAGAAGCCACUGCUCCAAAACCGCCAUAAAAAAGCCAGACUACGGUUUGCAACUGCACAUUGGGACAAAGAUCGUACUUUUUGGAGAAAUAUCCUCUGGUCUGAUGAAACAUAAAUAGAACUGUUUGGCCAUAAUUACCAUUGUUAUGUUUGGAGGAAAAAGGGGGUGGCUUGCGAGCCGAAGAACACCAUCCCAACCGUGAAGCACGUGGGUGGCAGCAUCAUGCUGUGGGGGUGUUUUGCUGCAGGAGGUACUGGUGCACUUCACAAAAUAGAUGGCAUCAUGAGGAAGGAAAAUGAUGUGGAUAUAUUGAAGCAACAUCUCAAGACAUCAGUCAGGAAGUUAAAGCUUGGUCGCAAAUAGGUCUUCCAAAUGGACAAUGACCCCAAGCAUACUUCCAAUGUUGUGGCAAAAUGGCUUAAGGCUACCCGAAAUGUUUGACCCAAGUUACACAAUUUAAAGGCAAUGCUACCAAAUACUAAUUGAGUGUAUGUAAACUUCUGACCCACUGGGAAUGUGAUGAAAUAAAUCAAAGCUGAAAUAAAUCAUUCUCUCUACUAUUAUUCUGACAUUUCACAUUCUUAAAAUAAACUGACCUAAAAUAAGGAAUUUUUACUAGGAUUAAAUGUCAGGAAUUGUGAAAAACUGAGUUUAAAUGUAUUUGGCUAAUGUAAACUUCCGACUUCAACUGUAUGUGCUGUAGCCUUGUCAUACGGUAGACCCAACCAAGUCCAAAUCUAAAUAGGUAAAAUGGGCUUCGCUCAUCAAUGUCCUCUCCUCCCACCAGUGUUUGUGUUCAAGCCCAGCGAGCCACGGCCCCUCUACUCCCAGAAGGCUUUGUGCACGGGCAAGGUGCAGCACGCCGUCUUCGCGCCGCGCGACCAGAUGCUGGAGAGCUGCGAGGAGCGCACGCAGUGGCUCAACAGAUCCCAGCUCUACUUCGUCACCCAACACAUGGUGAAUAUAUAAUACACACUGUCUCCAGACUCAUGAUUUCCUCUCCUCGUCUCCUUUCCUUUGUCACCACUAAUAGAUUAAAGGACUGGACAUGUUGUGUUCCAAUUCUAACCUUGAAGUGAUAAGUUCCCCCAAACUACUAAAUUACAUUGAAAGUAAAGAAACCGUUAAUCUGGGGUGAUGGCGCAUGCUCGGGUUUUACUACUUAUUCCACUGGCAGGUAACUAACCACAGAGUUCUGUCUGACAUCCUCUCUCCAUUGUAGGAUUUGUUGACAUUUAGCACCAAGACUGAGGAGGACAGACUGUUGGCAUCCAGGAAACAGGUACAAUCCCACUUUUUUCCAAAACGGUUGCGAAACAUAUUGUCGUUCAUUUAGUAAUUUAUUUCUGUAACAAUGUAUAGCAUUCCCUGCGUCAGUUCUGACUAUUUGUUUUUGGGGUGUUUUUCAGCUCGUGGUAGACGACAGUGUUGCCGUGACGCCUUUCUACCUGUUGCUAGGGAAACACAGAAUGCAGCAACUGGAGAAGCAGGAAGUGCUGCCCAAUCCCAUGGCAGAAAGGACUCCGCUCCCACAGGGCUCCAUUGCCAUCAAGGAGGUGUGUGUAUUCAUGCAAUGUUCACUGGCUGUUAAUUUGCUGACCUGUAAAUAAGCCAGUGUUUCUACAUUCUGCAGUGUUGGACCUCAAAGUUCAUGUUUAGUUUUGCUAGAACGCUUAAAUAAUGUGCCAAGUAUUUGUAUACUUCCAAGCAGUGAACUACUGACUCUACUGAGCUCACUUUAGAUGCUAGGUGAGACGAAUUGGUCUGCAAACAUUCCCAGAGCGUAUCAGAAAGUUAAUCAAUAAAUGUUUUAUUGGCUAAUAAUUGUAAAUGUAUACUGGUAACACUUACUUGAUUCUCUCAAGAACCCAGCUUAAAACAUUUUAGACCAGGGUAUUGAUCAUUGCCCUGAAGGACAUAGUUAGUGAGCAAUAAGCAUCAGGACCUCCGCAUAACUCACUCCUCUAUCUCUCCCUCAGCUGCUGCACACCCCAGCCCACGUCCUGCCUUCAGCCUCGUUCCUCUGCGCCAUGUUCGUCCGCUCCCUGCUCAUCUCCAGCUCCUCUGCCAGGUGAGUCCAGUAACUAGUAGUUACUUUAUUGUUCCAGACAAGAAAAUGGUUUGUGGCAUACAGUGUAAAAAAGAAAAUGACAUAUUGACAUAGAAUCACAAUGAAUAGGUUAAUCUACAUUCCCCUGAAAACAAUGGAGAGGUCAAAGUGGUAUGGUGACGAUGACCUUACACCCUAGCACAGUGUUUCCCAACCCUGGUCCUCGAGUACUCCCAACAGUACACAUUUUAUUGUAACCCUGGACACCUGAUUCAACUAAUCAUCAAGCCCUCAAUGAGUUGUAUGAGGUGUGUUUGUCAAGGGCUACAGCGAAAUGGUGUACUUUUGGGGGUACUUGAGGACCAGGGUUGGGAAACACUGCCCUAGCAGACCCUUUCACCAGUCCUGCUCUGACACAUCAGAGCAGAUGAAGGGAAGGAGACAAGGUGAGGAAGCCAGUUUGACGGUGGGGAUGGUAUUCUUGGGGUCAUAGGCAGCAUUCCUCCUCCUCCAAACACGGCGAGUUGAGUUGAUGCCAAAGAGUUCGAUUUUGGUCUCAUCUGACCACAACACUUUCACCCAGUUCUCCUCUGAAUCAUUCAGAUGUUCAUUGGAAAACUUCAGACAGGCCUGUAUAUGUGCUUUCUUGAGCAGGGGGACCUUGCGGGCGCUGCAGGAUUUCAGUCCUUCACGGCAUAGUGUGUUACCAAUUGUUUUCUUGAUGACUAUGGUCCUAGCUGCCUUGAUCAUUGACAAGAUCCUUCCGUGUAGUUCUGGGCUGAUUCCUCAUCGUUCUCAUGAUCAUUGCAACUCCUCGAGGUGAGAUCUUGCACGGAGCCCCAGGCCGAGGGAGACUGACAGUUAUUUUGUGUUUCUUCCAUUUGCGAAUAAUCGCACCAACUGUUGUCACCUUCUCACCAAGCUGCUUGGUGAUGGUCUUGUAGCCCAUUCCAGCCUUGUGUAGGUCUACAAUCUUGUCCCUGACAUCCUUGGAGAGCUCUUUGGUCUUGGCCAUGGUGGAGAGUUUGGAAUCUGAUUGAUUGAUUGCUUCUGUGGACAGGUGUCUUUUAUACAGGUAACAAGCUGAGAUUAGGAGCACUCCCUUUAAGAGUGUGCUCCUAAUCUCAGCUCGUUACCUGUAUAAAAGACACCUGGGAGCCAGAAAUCUUUCUGAUUGAGAGGGGGUCAAAUACUUUUUUCCCUCAUUUAAAAUGCAAAUCAAUUUAUAAAAAUGUUUACAUGCGUUUUUCUGGAUCUUUUUGUUGUUAUUCUGUCUCUCACUGUUCAAAUAAACCUACCAUUAAAAUGAUAGACUGAUCAUUUCUUUGUCAGUGGUCAAACAUACAAAAUCAGCAGGGGAUCAAAUACUUUGUUCCCUCACUGUAUACUUGGAUGUGUAGUGUCAGCGUUUGUUGCUGGCAUGUCAUACCUAAAUUUGCUUAUCUUGCUAAUGAAGAAGUCAUUGAAGUAGUUGGCAAUAUCAGUGGGUUUCGUGAUGAAUGAGGCAUCUGAUUCAAUUAAUGAUGCAGCCGAGUUUCCCUUUUUUCCCAAAAUGUCAUUUAAGGUGCUCUAAAGCUUUUUACUAUCAUUCUUUAUUUAAUUUAUUUUUGUUUCAUAGUAUAGUUUCUUUUUAUUUAGUUUAGUCACAUGAUUUCUUAAUUUGCAGUACGGUUGCCUAUCAGUUGGGCUGCCAGACUUAUUUGCCUUACCUUUCGCCUCAUCCCUCUCAACCAUACAAUUUUUAAAUCCAAGGGGAUUUAACAGCUUUUACAGUCAUUUUCUUAAUGGGUGCGUGCUUAUUAGUAACUGGAAUAAGACAUUUCAAGUGCAGCGUCUGGUUGCUCCUCAUUACACACCACAGACCAGCAAAUAUUCUUUACGUCAUCAACAUAAGAAUCACUACAGAACUUCUUGUAUGACCUCUUAUACACUAUAUUAGGCCCAGCCUUUGGAACUUUGGUUUUCUUAGAUCUGGCUUCUAUAUUGUGAUCACUACAUCCUAUGGAUUUGGAUACUGCUUUUAAAGCAAAUUUCUGCAGCAUUAGUAAAGAUGUGAUCACCCAGAAAAUAUACUUCUUUAUCACAUACAUUUUCAAGCAUUUCACACAUAUUAUCCAGAUACUGACUGUUAGCACUUGGUGGUCUAUAGCAUCAUUCCACAAGAAUGGGCUUUAGGUGAGGCAGAUGAGCCUGGAGCCAUAUUACUUCAACAGUAUCUAACAUGAGAUCAUCUCUAAGCUUUACAGGAAUGUGGUUCUGAAUAUAGACCGCAACACCGCCCCGUUGGCAUUUCUGUCUUUUCGGCAGAUGUUAUAACCAUGUACAGUGAGGGGGGAAAAAAGUAUUUGAUCCCCUGCUGAUUUUGUACGUUUGCCCACUGACAAAGAAAUGAUCAGUCUAUCAUUUUAAUGGUAGGUUUAUUUGAACAGUGAGAGACAUAAUAGCAACCAAAAAAUCCAGAAAAACGCAUGUCAAAAAUGUUAUUUCCCUCAUUAAAAUGCAAAUCAAUUUAUAAGUAUUUUUCAGAUGUUCCGAGCUAGCCCUCCUGAUGUCGUUUGACCCCAAAUGGACUAUGACAGCGUCAGCUCCUGGUAUCUGUCGUAGAACAGUCGGAAGCAGCCUUGUGAUGUCCUGUACUCGUGCUCCUGGGUAGCACAGGGUUUUUGCAUUGGGAAUUGAGAUGUUUCUCACCAUAGAGCUGCUGGUGAUGUUGAAUGGGCCGGUCUCUCAGGAAGAAGGCACCGGAACCUCUGGAUCCAGGGCGGCAAAGCUGUUUCUGGUCUGUGUCAGGUCCGGCCUUAAUAUCUCCAAGGAGACCCCCGUUGACAGAGGACGCUUUCAUCGAUUUCCACGGCAAGUGACAUAUCUCCAUGGCUGGUUGGUUGGGUUGAGAACAGCUCCGUUCACCAGGGAAGGGGGAGACCCCUUCGGGGAUGGAUCCCUGCUGAGCACCGGCCAGUCGGCGGUGGAGAACCGACACAGCGGCAACAAUUCCACCAGACCAGAGUGGCGUCCGGCUACUGGGGUGGAAGAAAAAGAAAAAGUAGGCGGGCGUGGAUUCCCCAGUAGCUUGUGUAGGUUUGCUACUUGCUUGCUAAGAGUAGCCACUUCGCCCCUGUAGUCCUCCGCAAGCAAGCAGUUGCUACAUUGAAAGUCAGCGCGGUCCACAUUGUCCCGGAAUAAACGCAGCUCCUGUAGGGCUGGAAACGUUCACUAGCGACCUCCAUUUGAGACCGCGGUGCCAGCUAGGCUAGCUGGGCUUCCGUGUCUCUCCCCCUGUGCGGAAUCUGGCAGGAUCCCGGGACAGACAGCAGUGCUCACAGCAACUAAGCCCAACAGAGUGGCAGUAUCCAAAAUAAAAGUGUAUAUAAAAACACUGUCAGCUUUACAAAAACAAUAAACCGUGGUCUCUCGUUCAGCUUUUAGCUUUCAACAACAUGUCGCGCUCAGAUGACGUCAGGUGACUGUCUGCAUGACAUCCAGUAAGCAUGGUGUCUGUGUUGACAUUGCUCAGGGUCAAGGGUCACUAAGCCAAAGGCCUGAUGGGAGAGAAUGCUCUGGUCCUGGCAGCAAGGCUGAAGACACUCAUUUUCUUGUUCAUCUUUGAAAUGUUUUUCAAACCAACAAUAUGCCACAUUUUUUUCAAAUGCUGACCUAAAGGAUCCAUAACAAAAUUUGAUUUGUUUUUCAAAUCAAUUCAAAUUUGAUGUCACAUCCUUCGUAGACUAACAGUGAAAUGCUUACUUAUGGGUCCUUUGACAACGAUGCAGAGUUAAAGAUCAAGAGAAAAAAUUCAGACAUAGUGACGAGGAAUAAAUACACAGUGAAUAACACUAAUGAGUUAAAGUAACGUGGCUAUAUACAGGGAGUACCAGUACUGAGUCGAUGUGCAGGGAUAUGAGGUAAUUGUAGUAGAUAUGUACAUAUAUGUAGGGUUAAAGAUACUAGGCAACAGGAUAGAUAGACAGUAGCAGCAGCGUGUGUGGCAUCAGUAUGCAUGUGUGCGCAUGUUGUGUGUGUGUUGGGAUGUAUGUAUGAGUGUGUGGGUAGAGUCCAGUUCGUGGACUCCCCCAGGUCUUUGUUUUAAGUGAGAAUUUGUUCUGUCAAUAUAAUCUUAAACCUAAAAGGUUACAUAGGUACAGUAACAAACAGUACAUCUCACUUCCUUGAGAAAGCGGGCUGAUAAUGCGCUUUGGGUCAAAACUCACCCAUAUGCUAGACAAUACUAUGGAAAAUCAAAUUUUAUGCUGACUGUUUAAUAUUUUGGAUUACUUGUUUAAUCAUGUUUGGUCACGAGCCCUGCGCUGAGGGCUCUCGCCCCACUUACAUGUGUUUGUUUUGUUUUGUUUGUAAAUUGCUGAAGAGAGGAAAAAGAACCUGAAGAAGAGGAAAUGGAGAGUGAGAAAGAGGAAGAGGACUCCGAAGGGGAAGCAGACUCCCGUCAGGGGGAGUCGGCAGCAUGGGGCCCAUCCAAGGAGUUGGGGGCACCAGCUCUCACCAAAGCCCAGGAGAGGGAACUGAGGAGAGUGAAAACAUUUGACCACAGCUGGCUCAGCAGCCUCCUGGACUGUUAAGCGUGACCAAGCCCAAACACACACACUUUUAUAUUUCAGUUUUCAAAUGUGUUGUAUCAUGCUUGUUUCUGGCAUUGCCCCAAGAAUGUUUUAGUUUUGAUUCACUUAUCAAAGAAGCUAGUGCAAUCAAUUUUAUUCAUACACUGUGUGUCAAGGUUGCUGCCAUAUACAUUUUCCAGUUUGCCUAUACAUUCAUGGAUGUACCCGUCAUGGGUGGCUCUAAAUGGAUGUAAAUGUCAUGGGGGGCUGGUAGCCUAGCAGUUAAGAGCAGAAAGGUUGUUAGUUCCAAUCCCCGAGCCGACUAGG